AUGCCAUUCCAGAAUUUCUAUUACGAUGCGCAGACUCACAGCGGCUACGAAAACUUCGCCACCCACGGCAUGGAACCUGCGCAACACACCAGUAUCGACCCUCGAUCUCUUCCUCCAGGGAACCUCUCCAGUGUCCGGCAAUCAGUACAUCCAGACAGCGCUGCAGAGAGCAGCUAUGACCUGUAUUCCAUGCAGGCUUUUGGGAUGGCUGUGCCACCCACAACCAUAAACGAUGCGUAUUUGCCACCGGGAUACUAUCAUCCAAUGCCUCACAGCAUCAUUCGACAUAUUCCACACCCGACGCAGAACAUUGCGACACAUCAAGCAGGAAUAUCCUACGACGCACAGAUUCGCAUUCACUACGGAUCAGACGUCCAUAUUGAAGCCCCUCAGGCAGCUCCGCAGGUGGCUUCUAAUACUGAGAUACCCUUCACCAUGGAUCCGUUUGUGCACAUUGAUCCGUGCAUUCUCGACUUGAUUGCCGCGGGAUUGGGAAUAGACGAUCUCAGUGGGCCAUCAUCGCGCUACACACCUUCUCGUGUGUCAAGCGCACCAACUCCUGGCCUACAGGUUGUAGGGCAGGAAAUCGAUAACACUUCACACAUCAAUGGCGCUAGCGGAAGCAAUAACGCCACUGCCGAGACGUCCGCCGCACCUCCAUAUAAGCUCAGGCGGCGACGCUCAUCUACAAAGGCCAACAGCAAGACGACAUCACGGCGUUCACGCGCGCCAGCAGUGAUAGCCACCACUCCGGACGAGACAACCGACGGGCCGAUCAAGUGCAAGGUCUGUGGAAAGAAAUUCUCACAUAGACAGAACCUGAACAGGCAUGUGCGCAUCACGCACCUGGGCGCUCGCAAAUGGGACUGCGUGAUAUGUAGCACCAAGAAUUCGAGACACGACGCACUGAAGCGUCAUCUGAACAACAUCCACAAUCUGUCGGAUCUGGAGGCGAAGCAUAUCGUCACAUUUUCGGAGGGGCUUUGGUUAUAUCGUCGGUACCCUACCAACAUAGUCUCUUCGACAUACAACAUGGGUCCCGGCAGCGGGAUCCGUAAUAGAGCGCGCGGCAAAGGCAAGUCGGUUGCUCCGCUGGUCAUUCAACUCCGUCGACAGGCAGUCCAUGGGGAGUUGAGGAUCGAGAGACCGCGGGCUCAGAGGAACGAGGCCGGGGAUGAGCCAUUGUACCCGUUCCUCGCACUGUGCAGGGCUGCGAAAGCGGCGGCUGCGGCCAGUGAGGUCGACGUUCUCCCUCCGCGGACACCUGCGGGGACACGGAGGUUGGAGGUCGAGGUCGUCCGGACACUGUCGAGUAUGAACGGGCGGCACAAGGCACUGCGGAGGAAGACGCGACACGAGUUUGGCAAGCAAGAGGAGCACCAAUACGAUGAAGAGGCCUGGCAGAGAUAUGGUUGGGCUGAGCAAGAGUCGGAACACAAGGGUGAACGCGAGAAAACGGCGUCGAGCUCGACAACGGUGAAGAUGAUACCUGGGCAAGGAUGCAGUGUCAAGAUCAAGCACUCUGCGUCUGGACCUAGUCGCAGUCGGCGCGGAUGGCGGAAGCUGCUCGGGCUUGUGGAAGGCAAUACGAAGCGAGUGCCUAAGAGCUCCGCGACCAAGCUCAAGAGUGUUCGCAUGAAGCCCAAGUCUGCGUCCAAGGCCAUCCGGUCCGUCACAGCAGCAGAAGUCAAGCACCAGCCUGUAGUUCCUCAAGCCAACGAAGAGCGUGUCCCGUUGAACCUCACCACCCCAGCCUUCACUGCCGACAAGAUUGAGCACCCCGUCGCACCGGUCUGUACAUCACCAGAACAUCACACCGCUGCUUCUGCCGUCGAGGUCCAGCCUGCGCAAGUAGCGAUGCCCGUAGAAGGGGAGCCGCGCGAAUGGGGCGUGCGGAUGGAGGACUUUGCCUUUGACUUUGACUCGUGUCCAGGAAUAUCGGCGGACGUCCUCGCAACACUCAACGAGCCUGCCCACGUCUUCACGGUGGCAGAGGCCCAAGAGACGCCUGCGACGGGAGGCCAGAUUGCAGAGGUUACAGUCAUGGCCGUCGAUGCUGAGAUCCUCUCACCCGAGCCGGCUCGCGACACGUACGAUGCUUUCGUGGUGGAUAUGGGCACUAUUCACGCCGAGGCCUCGUCCAUCGCAGAGGAAGAAAUGGAGGAAGUAUGCGCCACUGACGACGUGCUGGUCGAGAUGGCGUCUCCCGUUGUAGAUUCAACAGACACGGUUGCUGUUGACGAGGAUAGCGAUAUGCUGCACGCAGAGGAACAGGCUGUGGAGAUGGAGAUGGACGAGUUUGAGAGCGUGGCAGCUCCGCAGGCAUUGCUUGCUCAGAUCGAGAUAGUAUGUGACACGAACGAGAUUGCGGCCAACCCAUCUACCAAUGCAGGGCUCGCAGGGGUUCCGGUCGAGUUGAUCUCCGCAGCGAUUGAUAUGGCGCAGCCUGAAGAGGACAUCGAGAUGGGACACCAGGAGCAGUCUGUGAUGGUGGAGGAAGACAUCGAGAUGGGUGUCCAGCUGGUGUCUGUGGACGCGGUCUUCGGUGCGGUCACAGCAGCAUUGAUCGCAGCAGGAGACGGAGGCGACAGCAUUGAGCAAGACAUCGAUGCAGUGCUAGACCACUUUGGGUUUGUACAAGAGUGCACUGUCGCUCACCUCGACCAGGAGGACGCAUCCGUGGGAGACAUCACGCUUGUCGGUGGCGCACUUGACGAGAACCACAACACGAUGUCUGAUCAGGAUUGGGACACAACGUUCGUAGAGGACGCUGUUGCAUCUUCGUCGCCGAACAAGGAGAAGGAAAAUGGGCUUCCUGCGAUGCCACUCCUGGAGCUCGCGGUUUCUGGGUCGGAUAUCGGCAAGCAGGCUGUCGUCGCUGGAGUGGAGGACGUCUCCAACCCACCCACCUCGUUCACGCCUGUUAUCAACCUGCAGACACUGUUGGACGCCAUUGCUCCCCACCCCGCGCUACCCGACCGUCUCCUCGAGGACCCAGUUCCAUCUACUAAGCCGAUGUUCGACAUGCAAUCGCUAUACUCGACACUCCCUACAAACUCCACUGAAGGCGCGGAGAAGACGACGAACACAGGUUCAUUUGCUAGGGCAACGAGAAGCGGCAAGGUGUAUGGCGGCGGGAUUAGCAAGGCCAACAAGACUGUCGCCCAGCCGACGCGCAAAUCCAUGUCUAGUUUGUCGAGUAGGCUACUGGACAACGACGCGUUCAGGGCGGUGCGCAACAAGAGUGCGGCAGAGCAGAAGGCGCGCAAGGACACACGCAAGCGAUACAAGAAGAUAUCGCGGAAGCUUGCACGCCAGGACGCGGAGAGCGCGGAACCCAAGGGAGGAUGUGGACGAUUCCUGCUAUCAGCUGUGAAUCCAAAGACCGGACGGCGCGAGAAGAUGAUGCCGAUCACCACGGUCAAGGAGAGCACCGACGACGACCUCGACCUUGACGUGCUGUGUCGCAUGUCGUCGAGUCUGUCGUUGACGACAUCGUCCCAAGGGCGCACCGGUACUCAAGAGGUGACGGAUUCUGCGGACGACCUGCUCGGUGCGUUUGCAUCUUUUGGGCUCUCGACGGACGCUCCCUCGGCAUCGUCGACAGGUGGCUCGGCGCUAGACGAUCUGUGCGACCUCUUCAAUGCGCUGGUCUGA